GAGAGAGAAGAAAGAAAAUGAGAUGAAGAAGUUUAAGAUAACAGGUCAGAAGGAGGCUAUAUACCAGGCUACAGUAAUGGUAGCGUCUAAAGGACGUAAGAACGACCUGGCUGUGAAGAAUCGGGACAUCGUCAGCAUCAUACGGACCACAAACUGCCCCAAAGGAAAAUGGCUGGCCAGGGACAGCACUAAUACAUAUGGGUACAUCUCAGUGAGCCACUUGGAGCUGGACAUUAAGGAGAUGUUGGAACUGGGGAAGAAGGCUUCUCGGGCCAUCAGCUGUAAGAACAGCACCACUCUGGUAGAACAGGGAGGAGAGGUGGCCAGUAUAGACAGCAGGACGUCCAACCACUACCCACUACAGGAAGAUACAGACAGCUUCACAGACGACAGUGAGGAGUGGACGCAUGAUGAUGAUGAACCUCUCUCCUCCCCCAUUGACGAAGAGCCCACAGAGAGCGGCCAAAUCCGAACAAUGUCCAUGCCGGAGAUGGGAAGCAGAGAGCCUAGCAUCCACCACCAACACACACUCAGUGAUGCAAGCAUAGAUGACAUUGACAUGCAGGCGAGACAUGAAGCACUUCAGAAGCUGGCCACUUUCUUCCACAAACCUGUUGUAGAGGGACCCAUCACGAGAAGACCUGAAGAACCUGAAACUGAACCUGAAGAAGAACCGAUCAGCCCUAUGGACAUAGAAGGACCAGAGACGGUGUACCUGUGUAAAGAGGAAGCAGAUUUGAAGCUUCCAGAUAUGGUGAUUCUUCCUCCUCCUGACCUGUAUGCAGACAUCAUCAUCAGUGAUACUUAGUAGACUACAAACUACCUACAGCUGGAGAACAGAAGAAGAACGGCAAGAUGGUAUGUCUGUCGUCGACUGCCAGUCAUCUGCCAGAUAACAAAGACUUGUAGGAUCUCUGUCUGCACAACCUGCAAUCAGAUGGACUAUUUCUGUUAUAAUAUUGUUUCGGCCGGGAUUCAAUCCGAGCGCUCUAGUCGACAAAGCAGCUUUUUAUGGCAAUGUUACCAUGUUCGCGGAGAUCGCAUUCAAGGUAAAUGCUGCAGAUGUCGGCAAAUAACUUUUAAUUGGAAAUUACCGAUAAAUGUCAAGGACACUAUAGCACGGUUUUGGAUUUAAUCUCUUGUAUUGAUGUCCGUCCAGGGUUAUGGAGGAUGACAUGAAGGGCAUUAUACAGACAGAGAGCAGUUCUGUUUAUACUGAAUGUUUAAUCGUUUUAUAGAAAGACAAUUAUGGGAUACCAUACAUGCGAUGGUUGAGGUUCCACUGUGUAAUGAUGUAUCUUUACAAGUGUUCGUGUUUGAAAUGGCUAUGACGACUCAAUACUGUAUCCAGCUACUGUCUGUGUCUCCAAUGACACCCUAUUCCCUGUGUAGUGUACUAACUUUGACCUAAGUGGUUAGCCACAUAGGGCUCAGUCAAAAGUAGUGCACUACACAGGGAAUAGGAUGCCUGCCAUAUUAGACUUUUCUGUUGUUUUUUAUAUUCCCAAUGAAUUUCCCAUUAAGUAUUAUAGAGAGAGAAAGCCAUUUGAUGUAACAUUUAGUUUAAGUCAUGCUCAUUUAGCUACCACCUCUGCUAGUUGUGAUCUGGUGAUUAAUAAAAACUCA